CCUAUAAAGGCCGCCGGGCAGAGGGCUGUGGAGACGGAGCCCGGACCUCGCCAGCACCAUGCCCACCCCCAACGCUGCCUCGCCGCAGGCCAAGGGCUUCCGCCGGGCCGUCUCCGAGCUGGACGCCAAGCAGGCCGAGGCCAUCAUGUCCCCGCGCUUCGUCGGGAGGCGGCAGAGCCUCAUCCAGGAUGCACGCAAGGAGCGAGAGAAGGCGGAGGCCGCGGCCUCAUCCUCGGAACCCAGGGAGGCGGGCAGCCUGGCUGAGCAAGACGGGAAGGCGGUGCUGACCCUGCUGUUCGCCCUGCGGCCCACCAAGCCCCCUGCGCUGACCCGGGCUGUCAAGGUGUUCGAGACAUUCGAGGCCCACGUCCACCACCUGGAGACCCGGCCGGCCCGGCCGCCGCGGGCGGGGAGCCCGGCCAUGGAGUGCUUCGUGCGCUGCGAGGUGCCCGGCCCCGCGGUGCCCGCCCUGCUGAGCGCCCUGCGCCGCGUGGCGGAAGACGUGCGUGCCACCGGGGAGAACAAGGUCCUCUGGUUCCCAAGGAAAGUGUCCGAGCUGGACAAAUGUCACCACCUGGUCACCAAGUUUGACCCUGACCUGGACUUGGAUCACCCAGGCUUCUCCGACCAGGCGUACCGCCAGCGCAGGAAGCUGAUUGCCGAGAUCGCCUUCCAGUACAAGCAAGGCGACCCCAUCCCCCACGUGGAGUACACGGCCGAGGAGAUCGCCACCUGGAAGGAGGUCUACUCCACGCUGCGGGGCCUGUACCCCACCCACGCCUGCCGUGAGCACCUGGAGGCCUUCGAGCUGUUGGAGCGCUUCUGUGGGUACCGCGAGGACCGAAUCCCGCAGCUGGAGGACGUCUCCCGCUUCCUGAAGGAGCGGACUGGCUUCCAGCUGCGGCCUGUGGCCGGCCUGCUGUCCGCGCGGGACUUCCUGGCCAGCCUGGCCUUCCGCGUGUUCCAGUGCACCCAGUACAUCCGCCACGCCUCCUCGCCCAUGCACUCCCCCGAGCCGGACUGUUGCCACGAGCUGCUGGGGCACGUGCCCAUGCUCGCUGACCGGACCUUCGCCCAGUUCUCCCAGGACAUCGGGCUCGCAUCCUUGGGGGUGUCGGACGAGGAAAUUGAGAAGCUGUCCACGCUGUACUGGUUCACCGUGGAGUUCGGGCUGUGCAAGCAGAACGGGGAGGUGAAGGCCUACGGAGCGGGGCUGCUCUCCUCCUACGGGGAGCUCCUGCACUCCCUUUCUGAGGAGCCCGAGAUCCGGGCCUUCGACCCUGACGCGGCGGCCGUGCAGCCCUACCAGGACCAGACCUACCAGCCCGUCUACUUUGUGUCUGAGAGCUUCAGCGAUGCCAAGGACAAGCUCAGGAGCUACGCCUCCCGCAUCCAGCGCCCCUUCUCUGUGAAGUUUGACCCAUACACGCUGGCCAUCGAAGUGCUGGACAGUCCCCACGCCAUCCGGCGCGCCCUGGACGGCAUCCAGGAUGAGAUGCACGCCCUGGCCCACGCUCUGAACGCCAUCAGCUAGACGCGGGGCUCCACCCACAGGCCCCCGUGGGCCAGCCUGGGGCUCCCGGCCUCCCCUCGCCCCCGCCUGCCCUGGCCCCGCCCACAUGAAGGGCUGGCUCACGGGGAACCCCAAGAGCCCACGGAGACCCCUCCUGCCAGAGGCACCUGCCCAGCGCUUGCCAGCUGAGUCGGCGUCUGUCCCGCGAGCUGCCCCCGUGCUGUGCUGCCCGCUUGCAACCUCAAUAAAAGAGA